UUCAAGACGACCAAACGAAGGGCGAGAGAAGAGAGAAGUCCAGUCGUUGCCACUCUGGUCAUCUCUAUUCUCUGCGCCUUUGAUUUUCAGCUCUGCAUCUCAAAAGACAAUCCUCUGCAAUUUGUUUCUCUUUUCUAACAUAAACGCCACUAUGAUUUUUGUGGGUGGAGUUCCUUUCCCUACAGAUGAUUCUUCUUCUUCUUCUUCUCAGUCUCAGGAACAUGACAUCCUGACGGCUUUAAUGGAGCAUCCAGUUUUGGUAUCUGCCUCGUCUUCAUUGAAUGAUGUUGAAGAAAGGAAGUUCUCUGCUUCUAAAGACUCUAGUUUGAGUAUAUUAAGACAUAAUAGAUGGGUUUACAUUUUCCAGAGAGAAUAUGCAACUGUGGAUCCUGCACUUGUCGAUGCGGUUGGCACGGAUGAGGCAACAACUUGUGUAGGCAUUGUCAUAAGAAACCAAAAAAGUGGAAUGAUAUCUGUUGCUCACUUGGAUUCACCAGAUAUUGUUGAUGUUGGCCUAGACCAGAUGUUGGCAUCUGUUGUCAAUCAAAGCUCAGAUGCCAUGUUGGAUGUUCAUCUAAUUGGUGGCUUUGAUGAUGGCUCGCCUAAACAUGUUAAUGGUAUUACGGAAGGUCAUGCAGAAUUGGAGGGCUAUUCCUUCCCUUUGUGCAAGAAAAUAGUUGAAAGCCUGGCAAAGAGUAAUAUGAAGUUCCAGAUUCACACUCUUCAUGUUCUUGGGCACAAUACAAGACGAGAUUCUGAAGGAAAUUCAUACCCCAUCUUCUCUGGUUUGCUGGUGGAAACUGCCACUGGGUCUAUUUUUCCAGCAAGCUUUGAUGCAACAACAAGAUGUCCUGAUGAAGUUGUUAGGAGAAUACGAGUGACUGCAGCUUUUGAGGACCGUAGUUGGGAAGGAAGAUUAUUAGAGACAUAUGAUACUCAGAAUGACCAAUUCGGGAUUGCUCCAUGCACUUGGAGCAUGCGUAAGAUACAUAUAGCGCUCAUGCUACAGAAUUUAUCUGACCAAGAAAUCCUUCUUACAUGUUCCACUUCUCCUUCUGCCGAGGCUCCAGAUUUCGUGGAUGGCCUAAAAAGGCAGUGGGACUAUCUAAUCCAACACCCAGAUUGGAGAGAAACAUUCCCUUCCAAACAGCCACGUAUAUUUCGAAGGACAGAAGAUAAUAGUUGGGUGAGGCACCGCGCGAAAUUCAGCAGCUCAUCUUAUGCAUACACUGAUUAAGGACGAUUUGUUCAAGGUCGAGCUCUAGGGGAAAUGAAGGUCGUGCAUGUCUUAUGGUAUGUUCUAAUAUUACUGGUACAACUGAAAGAGGAAAUCGUACAUUAACUUCUUCGAUUUCCUUCCAUCUUCAAAAGGUUUAAAAAGCUCAAGGGUGAUAUCCCCCCUCUCCUUCUGGCACCCCUGCUUCUGUGGAGAAGGGCAGGAUUCAUAGCUUAGACUUACCUCUUCAUGCUCUAUUGAUAAAAGAAGCUUGAAAUGACUUUGCCAAUUUUUUAAAUUGGAUUUCCUAAUAGAUUGUUGGAUAGGAUAAGGUAGCAGCUAUAACUAAGACCUCCGUUCGCAACUUCACAUGCUCCAUUGAUGAGCCAAAACUUGAAAUGAUUGUCAAUUUUCUUGUUAGGUGUUGUCUUAUUAAUUGUUUGAUACAAUGAUUGGUUUUCAGAGAGUUUGGCAAUUCCGGAACUGAAAGGAACGGAGAACUACCAUUGUAGAAGUGAAAUUUUAAGGUUACAGUAUAUGUUUUGUAUA